CACCUGCAGCUCUCAAUCUGCCUCUUCCUGGCCCACCUGCUCUUCCUCACAGCCAUCGACAGAACUGAGCCUAAGGUGCUGUGCGCCAUAAUCGCAGGUGCCUUACACUACCUCUACCUGGCUUCCUUCACCUGGAUGCUGCUGGAGGGCCUGCACCUCUUCCUCACCGCGCGCAACCUGACGGUGGUCAACUACUCCAGUGUGAGCAGGUUCAUGAGGAAGGUCAUGCUCCCUGUGGGCUACGGAGUCCCAGCUGUGAUUGUGGCCAUUUCUGCAGCAUCCAGGCCUCACCUUUAUGGAACACCUACCCGAUGCUGGCUCAGCACCCAAAAUGGAUUUAUAUGGACCUUCCUUGGCCCCGUCUGCACCAUCUUCUCUAUUAACUUGGCUUUCUUUCUGAUGACCUUCUGGAUUCUGAAAACCAAGCUCUCCUCACUCAACAGGGAUGUGUCCACCCUCCAGAACACAAGGAUGCUGACAUUUAAAGCGACAGCUCAGCUCUUCAUCUUGGGCUGCACAUGGUGUCUGGGAAUCCUGCAGGUGGGUCCAGCUGCUCACGCCAUGGCCUAUCUCUUCACCAUCAUCAACAGCCUGCAGGGCGUCUUCAUCUUCCUGGUGUACUGUCUCCUCAGCCAGCAGGUCCAGGAGCAAUACAGGAAAUGGUUCAAAGGGAUCAAGGAAUCCAAAGCCAUCUCUGAGAAGUAUACACUCUCCAGCAGGGCGAUGUCUGAAGUCUCCAAACACAAUGUGGAGAAUGAAAUUAACAACUAAACCAGAUGAUCCUGUCUACUGGAAAAUGAGGGAAACACUGAACUGUCAUCCUUUGGGCAAAGAAUAUAGAAAAUGCUUUUUGUAUCUGCUAUAAGUAACUCUUCAUGGCACUAUUGUGGGAGAAAAGUAUACAGGAAAUGUUUGACAUUCAGUUGCUAGAGAAUUGGGGCCUUCUGGUCCACUCAGCAUGCUUAGCCGAAUCCCAGCACAGUCAAGGAGCUAUGACCUAAUUCCUCAGUUGUCUUGGGUUAAGCUCUCCACUCCACCCUGUUUUUCUUCAAAAGUGUUCCUCAGUUAAAUAUAUAUAACAAGGAAAACCAUCAUCAAAGGUCUACCUUAUAACAACAUAGAAGAGUAAAGUUCAGUUAAAUACCUGUAUUUGGCCUCCCUACCUACAUGCCUUGACUUCUUCACUCUUCAUUUCUAAAGACUUACUAAUUUUUAAUUUAAAAAUAUUUCUCUUACUCACCAUGUGCUGUACACAGAUCAAGACAGAUCCAGUUCCUGAUUUCACAAAGCUUAUAUGUAAAAAAAAAUGUUAGAGUAAAAUCAAUAGAGUUUCUACAUCCUUACAUUUUAUAAAUUUGAGUUGUGUGCAAUAUAUAUGUAUUAUUUCAUCUAGGCAAAACCCAAUUCAAAGCAAUUUCACCUGGAAGAAUUUCCCUAGGGUUUCCAUGGACCACAUUUGUUUAAUUGUGGGAAAUGCCUGUAAAUGGGUAUAACAUUAAAAACAUCCAUGAGUCCAUAGUGAUACCUAAAAAUAUCAGCUAAUAAUUGUAAAAGAUGAGAUAAAAUUAGAAAAUCAUGAUUUUUCAAUAUCAAGUAAAUGGCCACUAAAACAAAAUGUAAAAGGCUGUUGGAUUGCAGGCUACUCCCACACUGCCAAAAAAAAA